AUGGGAUUGUCCGUGGCACGAAACUAUCUCGGCCCCAAAGGAGUUGCGAGAGCUCACGCUCAUCCUCGGGCAAGCGAGCUCAUCUAUGUGGAGAAGGGAUUUGUGGAGGCCGGCUUUGUGGACACUAACAACAGGCUCUUUGCGAGGAAUUUGACCGCGAGCGAUUUGUUUAUAAUUCCCCGUGGAGUUCUUCACUAUUUGAUCAACAUGGGGGAAGAUCACGCUACAGUUUUGGCCAUUUUAAACAGCGAGAAUCCUUUGUUCCAGAUCCCAUCCUUUUCUUUGUUUGGACCCAAGAUGAGUUACAAGCUAUGGAGUUUCUUACUGAGCACCACGAAGAAAUCCGAGCUUAGGCAGCUAAAGCAUCGACGAGCAGCAUCAACGUGGCCGGAUCGACUGCAAGCCAGCAAGAUCGAGACGAAAGAGCUCUCAUCUGGACGCAACUCAUCGAGCUCAAGAUCUGGAACACUCUUUGCGAGCGAAGGCUAG